AUGAAUAAAUUAUUUCGCUUUGCCAAAGUGAUUGCAAAAUCGAUUUUCAAACCUGUUUAAACAAGUUUUUAUAGGAUUCCUUAAAUUAAUCAAGUUGUAAGUGAUGAUCAUCGAAAGAAACACUCAUUCAAUACGCUUGCAUUCUAGUAAUUUAAAUUAAUAUAUAUAUUUCUAGGAACCAUUUGCAAUUAAUAUAUAUAUAAAAUUAAGUACAAAUACAAUAAAAAGUACAAGCAGGCCUCUCAGAAUUAGGUAAUUUAUUUUAAGUUAUCCUAAGUAAAAAUCAAUGCCUAGUUAUUAAAAUAAACAAAUUAUGUCAGGUUUGCAGGUGACUAUAGUCCUUGUGUUAACCCAGAAUAGUUUGUUCACGCAUUACAGUUUUACAGAUAAGGAGCCAAGGCUUAAUUCUAUAGUAUCGACGAAUUGGAGACAAUCAACAGUGCUUACUAAUCAGAUCCAGAGGUUGAAUUUUAGGAUAGCCAGAUCCUAUGAAGCAAUUGCUAGCCAAUGGAUUUUUUCUGAUGUUUUUUUUUAAAAUGCCU